AUGAAGAUGAGACGCUACAAGCUCUUUCUCCUCUUCUGUAUGGCCGGCCUGUGCCUCAUCUCCUUCCUGCACUUCUUUAAGACGCUGAGCUAUGUCACCUUCCCCCGGGAACUGGCUUCCCUCAGCCCCAACCUGGUGUCCUGCUUCUUCUGGAACAGUGCCCCCGUCACGCCGCAGGCCAGCGCGGAGCCGGCCGGCCCCGACCUGCUGCGUACCCCUCUCUACUCGCACUCGCCCCUGUUGCAGCCGCUGCCGCCCAGCAAGGCCGCCGAGGAGCUGCACCGCGUGGACUUCGUGCUGCCCGAGGACACCACCGAGUACUUCGUGCGCACCAAGGCCGGUGGCGUCUGCUUCAAGCCGGGCACCAAGAUGCUGGAGAAGCCAUCAGCGGCAGCGGCGGCGGCGGCGGCGGUAGCAGCUGGGGCAGCUGGGGCAGCGGCAGCAGGACGGCCAGAGGAGAAGCCCGAGGGCGUCGAGGGCGCCGGGGCGGUGGCGGCAGCAGGUGCAGCGGCAGGGACAGGGGCGCGGCGCUCGCCACGGCACAGCCCGAGCACACGGGAGCGCGCGCCACGGCGCAAGUGGGUGGAGUGCGUGUGCCUGCCGGGCUGGCACGGGCCCAGCUGCGGCGUGCCCACCGUGGUGCAGUACUCGAACCUGCCCACCAAGGAGCGCCUGGUGCCUCGCGAGGUGCCGCGGCGCGUCAUCAACGCCAUCAACGUCAAUCACGAGUUCGACCUGCUGGACGUGCGCUUCCACGAGCUGGGCGACGUGGUGGACGCCUUCGUGGUGUGCGAGUCCAACUUCACGGCCUACGGCGAGCCGCGGCCGCUCAAGUUCCGUGAGAUGCUGACCAACGGCACCUUCGAGUACAUCCGCCACAAGGUGCUCUACGUCUUCCUGGACCACUUCCCGCCGGGCGGCCGCCAGGACGGCUGGAUCGCCGAUGACUACCUGCGCACCUUCCUCACGCAGGACGGCGUGUCUCGCCUGCGCAACCUGCGCCCCGACGACGUCUUCAUCAUCGACGACGCGGACGAGAUCCCCGCGCGCGACGGGGUCCUCUUCCUCAAGCUCUACGACGGCUGGACCGAGCCCUUCGCCUUCCACAUGCGCAAGUCGCUCUACGGCUUCUUCUGGAAGCAGCCAGGCACCUUGGAGGUGGUGUCGGGCUGCACGGUGGACAUGCUGCGCGCCGUCUACGGCCUGGACGGCAUCCGCCUGCGGCGCCGCCAGUACUACACCAUGCCCAACUUCCGACAGUACGAGAACCGCACGGGCCACAUCUUGGUGCAGUGGUCGCUGGGCAGCCCGCUGCACUUCGCUGGCUGGCAUUGCUCCUGGUGCUUCACGCCCGAAGGCAUCUACUUCAAGCUCGUGUCUGCCCAAAACGGCGACUUUCCGCGCUGGGGCGACUACGAGGACAAGCGCGACCUCAACUACAUCCGCAGCCUCAUCCGCACGGGCGGCUGGUUCGACGGCACGCGCCAGGAGUACCCGCCCGCCGACCCGAGCGAACACAUGUACGCACCCAAGUACUUGCUCAAGAACUACGACCAGUUCCGAUACUUGCUGGACAACCCCUACACGGAGCCCCGCGGCACGGCGGCGGCGGGGACGGCCGGGGCCGGGGGUGCUCGGCGGGGGGCUGCAGCGCCCGAGGCCCGGCUGCCCGCGCCGCCGCCCCGCGGCAGGUUGGACGCAAAGGGAGGCUAA